AUGAACGCACAGGAUAUUCCCUCAACUUUGAGUGAUUUAGUUUCUCUUGAGUUAUUCAAUAAAGAGCCGUCUCCAGUUACGUUACAGGAGCGGCAAAUGGCUGAAUAUCUUGACGAUACAGUAAAACUUAUGGUCAGCGGACAGAAGGUUGAUUAUGACGAAGAAACAACCAUAGAUUUUGCUGGAUUUACAGACGAAGAAGAUAGUGAGAAAGAAGAGCAGCAUGAAGAGGAAGAAGUGGUCGAGGACUGGACGAACAAAGAAUAG